AUGUACCAGCUUAGUGCCCGACUAGGAGUCGGUCAAUGUAUUGCAUUUUACCUGUCUGUACUUUCAGUCAACGCUGGCGUUGACUAUGAGCCUGCCCUGCCUCCUUCGUAUCCCUUGGCAGUACGCAAUCCGUAUCUGUCAACAUGGAUUCCUGGCAGCCUGGUAGAAAGCCUACCAACAUCAACGCCUCAGUUCUGGACCGGUCAGGAUCUUACGUGGUCGAUAAUUGGCCGCGUCGACGGAAAAGCAUACAGUUUGAUGGGAGUAGCCAAUUCUGAGAACACUACUAUCCCAGCGCAGGUCCAGAAGGCAGAAUAUACAACAACUCACUCGAUGUUUACUCUCAAUGCUGGCCCAGUGACAUUUACUCUGGACUUCCUGUCUCCCGUGUCUCCUUCCAACUAUCUCCGACAAUCGCUUCCUUUCAGUUAUUUAACGGUAUCCGUGUCGAGUCCGGGAUCCCAUGAUAUCCAGAUAUAUUCGGAUAUCGGAGAUGAAUGGACUGGCUCGACUGAUACUGAACAGAAUUUUAGGACCCAGGAAGCAACUUCCGUGUUUACAUUGACUGCUGAAAAUGCCGCAACGUACACUGAGAUCGAUGAUAUGGCUCUCUGGGGCGAAGUGGUAUUCGCCUCAAAGCCAUCUCUAUCAUCUAAUCUCUCUGCUUUUUCUGGGCCAGCUAAUACCGCGAGAUCUGAUUUUGCCCGCCAUGGGACGUUCACUGUGCCGCAGUCGCAGUGGAAUCCUGGUGAAGUUGUUGCUCUUUCUCAUAGCCUUGGCCGCGUGACGGGAAGCCAGUCCGUGACUUAUGCUGUCGGCUACGUGAGAGAAAAGGCGAUCAACUAUCUGGGGGAAGCAUACACAGGCUACUAUCGCUCAAAGUACCCGACGACUGCAGAAGCGGUGUCAUACUUUCUGGACGAUUACGCAGGUGCACUGAGCGAAUCAAUUGAGCUGGACUCGAAACUCUCGGCGAAAGCAACAGCUGUCGCCGGCCAGAAGUACUCUGAUAUAGUGACACUGUCUGUGAGACAAGCUUAUGCUGGAAUUGAUUUAACCAUUCCCUAUGACACGCUUGAUACCAGCGAUCCUCUGGCCUUCAUAAAAGAAAUCUCGAGCGACGGCAAUGUUAAUACAGUGGAUAUUAUCAUGCCUGCUUUUCCAAUCUACUACGUCAUGGACCCUGACUACAUUCGACUCCUACUGGAACCGGUCAUGAGGUAUAUGGCAGCUGGACGCUGGCAUCUGCCUUACGUGAUUCACGACAUUGGGAGUAGCUAUCCCAAUGCUACCGGCCACGACGAUCAACUAGCAGAACCCAUGCCCAUUGAAGAAACGGGGAAUCUCAUGAUUCUUACAUACGCAUACACGAAGGCGACUGGUGACACACAGUGGGCGGCACAAUAUACCGGCAUGUUGCAAAAAUAUGCAGAUUAUCUGGUGGACAAUAGCAUCAACAUAGCUAACCAACUUUCCACUAACGAUGCGGCUGGCCCACUUCCGAACGAGACAAACCUUGCUAUCAAGGCUGCUGUCGGUCUCAAGGCGUUCGGAAAACUCAGCGGACUCACAAACUACUCGGAUAUCGGUGACGAGCACGCAAAGAUCUUUUAUACUGACGGACUCGGGACAGAUCCGAACAGGACUCACUUCGUCCUAGAGUACCCAGAUAUGCCCUCCACAUGGAAGACCCCUUAUAACCUUUAUCCGGAUGUGUUGUUAGACCUCGAAACGUUCCCUACGUCCGCCUAUGCAAUGGGAAGCAAGUUUUUCCAAACUGUGCGAGGUGAAUACGGGGUCGCUCUUGACAAUCGCCAAGAUUGGGCCAAGUCUGACUGGAACAUGUGGUUGGCUGGCACAUUUGGUACCACGACCCGAGACCAGUUUGUAGACGAUCUCUGGGCAUUCAUGACGAAUGGAUUGAAUGCAUGGCCUUUCUCUGAUCGGUACAUCUCUACAUCCGCUCAAGGCAACAAGCCAGGCGUAGGAGUUUUGUGCAAAGCGCGGCCGACAGUGGGCGGUCAUUUGGCUCUACUGGCGCUGGAGGGUCCUGGAUCUGUUUCACUUUCCGCGUUGUCCACGAGGUCGGCAACUGCGGAUGCAGAGGACUUGAAUACUGCUGGUUUAAAAACCGAGGACCUAUUCGCGCAGCGCAAGCUCCCACAGGCGCUUUUGGGAUGUCAGUUGAGACUGACAAAAACAUUGCACCAGCCUCGUCCUCACAACUUCGGUUCGACGGGCUAUCUUCCGAACGGCGCUUCAACCGCUACUGGUGCUGUUCCCGGAGCUACUCCUCUCCUUCCUAACAAUGGCAGAGUCAUGCAGACUGGUAGCGUGAGGGUGCUGUGUAUUGCGGAUGUCAGAGGAAACCUGAAGUCGUUGAAUGAGCUUGCCAAGCAGGCUCGUGCGGAUUACAUCAUUCACACCGGUGACUUCGGUUUCUACGACGACACCUCUCUCGAGAGAAUCGCAGACAAGACCCUGAAGCACGUGGCACAGUACUCUCCGCUCCUGCCUGAGAGCACCAAGCGAACCAUUGCUCAGAUCCCCCCGCAGCAGUCCAUCAAGCAACGAUUCUCUCCCGAACAGCUCCCUCUAUCCGAGCUGCCACAGCUCCUAGAUAAGCGACUGACCCUAGAUGUUCCAGUCUACACUGUAUGGGGAGCUUGCGAGGAUGUGCGCGUUCUGGAGAAAUUCCGAUCCGGCGAAUACAAGGUAGACAAGCUGCACAUCAUUGACGAGGCCAACUCGCGAUUGCUAGAUAUCGGAGGUGUGAAGCUCCGUCUUCUCGGUCUGGGAGGUGCUGUGGUCAUGCAUAAGCUGUUUGACAACGGCGAGGGCAAGACCACUAUUGCUGGUGGGCAAGGUACUAUGUGGACCACCCUUCUCCAGAUGGGUGAGCUUGUCGACACUGCAAACCGUGUGUACGAUCCCUCUGAGACUCGUAUCUUUGUCACGCAUGCCUCUCCCGCCCGUGAGGGUAUGCUGAACCAGCUUUCUGUCACUCUCAAGGCCGAUUUCUCGAUCUCCGCUGGUCUGCAUUUCCGCUAUGGCUCGUCUUACAAUGAGUUCUCCGUCAACCCGACUCUUGAUCACUACCGCGGUAAACUCGCAGCAUCGAAAGCUUCCUUCAACGACGUUUGGGACACCGUGAGGGGUGAGGUCGAAGGUGCGAUUUCGUCGAAUGAGGCUCAGAAGACCCUCCUCGAAAACGCUCUCGACAUUGUCAACAAGAUGCCCUCGGUUGCUAACGGAGGUAACCCCUUCGGUGGACCGGUUGCAGCAGGAAACGGUGCUGGCCAAGUUGACGAGAGUGCUUUUAAGAACAUGUGGAACUUCAACUUGGCAGAUGCUGCUUUCGGAUACCUGGCCCUGGAGAUCGAAGGUGGACGGAUAGGAACGGAGAUGCGCGCUCAAGGAUUUAACUUUGCCCACCGUGGUGGUAAGGCCAUGAGCCAUGCAGCUCAGUCAGCUCUGCCUACUGGUCCUGCAGGCGCUGCAGCAGCGCCAGCUCAGGCCCGUGGUCCUGCUCCUCAAUUUGGCCAGGCACAGCCUCCCCGCGCUGGUGCGCCUUUCCAACAGCAGCCUACUCCCCAGCCAGCUCAGGGUAAGCUGCAGGGUCCUGCGCGUUCUACGGCAUCGCCAGCUCCGGUCAUCCCCAAGCCAGCGACUCCUCAACCGCCCACUGCUGCUUCUUCGCAGCCAAGCGUAGCGUCUCCUAAGGCGCCAGCGGAGACUAAUGGCGCGACUCAGCCUGAGAAGCCCUCCGAGUCUCCUAUCCCUAGGGGUGAAAAGAAGGCUAGCAACGGACUGUUCGUCUCCAACGUCGACAAUGAACAGGCUGUCCGCGACCUCUUCCCCGAAGAAGACAAGGCGAAGAUCCAGAAGGUUGAGAAGUGGGGCAAGUUCAACCAUGUUGUGACAUUCGCUACUGUCGAGGAGGCAAAGGCUGCAUUGGACCGCCAGCCGGCAGAGCACAAGAGACCCAGCCCUCCUGGUCAGCCUCGCAAGCCGAACCUCAAGUUUUUUGAAGACCGUGGUCCCCGCGGCCCACAGGGCAACGCUGGAACCUGGCAGGCUAGCAGCCGGGGCGGAGCGAAUGCUGGACAGCGCGGUUACCAGAGCGGAGGCGCCAGCGACAGUGAGGGCGGACGUGGUCGUGGUGGAUUUGGUGGACGAGGCCGAGGCCGUGGCAGCGACCGCGGUGGACGUGGUGGCAGAGGUCGCGGUGGCUUCACCAAGGGCGGUGCGAGCUCGGACUCGCCUGCCCCUGCUUCGACUUCGUCGACUCCUGCUGAGAAGCCUGCGCAGUCUGCUGGUGACUCGUGA